UCUAAUAGUGAUGAAGUUAUGAACUCUUUUCCUGCAGACGACCUUGCAAAAGGUGUUAAGGAUCUCGAUUUAGGAUGUGAACCACUGCCUAUUCAGUGUAGCUUGGGAGUCAGUUGGAGUUUGGAAACCGACUCGUUUCUUUAUCAAGUCUCAACAGAAGCUAAACCAUACACGCGCAGGGGCAUACUGUCAACUGUCAACGGGAUCUUCGACCCGUUAGGAUUUUUGGCUCCAGUAGUAAUCGAUGGGAAACACUUUUUGAGAUCUCUUAUUCAUGGAACCAAAGAUUGGGAUGAACCUCUCCCCGCAGAACAUCGCAUACAAUGGGAACUCUGGAGAGACUCUCUUGAACACCUACAACAUGUUCGUAUACCUCGGACCUACGCACAGUUUUCAUUCAAACUAUCUAUUGACAGUACCGUCCAUGUCUUCUCUGAUGCCUCCGAGAAAGCUAUCGCUGCAGUAAGUUAUCUACAUACAAAGGAUGGAAACGGAAAACAAGAUAUUGGAUUCAUUCUUGGCAAGGCUAAGGUAGCCCCCCUCCAUGGCCAUACGAUACCGAGACUGGAAUUGUGUGCUGCAGUAUUGGCCGUGGACAUAGCAGAGACAGUAUCUGACCACUUACAUAUCCCUCUUGAGAAAUUUCGAUUCCACACCGAUAGCAAAGUUGUACUUGGUUACAUAUACAACAAAACAAGGAGGUUUUAUACAUAUGUAGCCAAUAGGGUAGAACGCAUUAUACACGUGACGGACGCAGAUCAAUGGUCGUAUGUGCAAACAGAUAGAAAUCCAGCAGAUGAAGGGACAAGAUCAGUACCCGCCCAGGCUAUUCAAGACAGCAUGUGGCUCAAUGGACCUACUCGUCUUACUACGAUUAAUGAUAUGACAUCAGAGCAGGUGUUUGAUCUGCAUGAACCAGAAGAUGACAAAGAGGUAAGGCCCCAGGUUCAAAGUCUAAAGACAGACGUCAAACAGUCACCACUUGGUUCUCAUCGCUUCGCAAGAUUUUCUACUUGGAGGAACCUGAUCAGGGCUAUUAUGACACUGACGCAUGUUGCACAGUCCAUUGUCAGCAAGUCCGAGUGUAGGGGUUGGCAUAUUUGCAGUAAGGACAGAAGUGUUGCUGCUUACCACAAGGCCGAACAAUUCGUGGUUAAGGAAGUGCAAAAAGAGGCAUAUCCGGAAGAACUAGACAGUCUCGAACGUGAACAACUUCUUCCAAACGGAAGUUCGAUUCUGUCACUGAACGCAUUUUUGGAUCAGGAUGGAAUUCUACGAGUAGGCGGACGCCUAAAUCAAAGCCAUGUUCAACAGAAUGAAAUGAAUCCAAUCAUCAUCCCUGGGAAGCAUCAUGUCGCAUUACUUCUCGUGAGACUAUUUCAUGAACAGGUUAAACACCAAGGGCGAAAUUUCACAGAAGGAGCCGUGAGGACAGCCGGAUAUUGGAUAACGGGCUGUAAGCGCUUGGUAUCAACGGUCUUGCAUGCGUGCGUGAAAUGUCGUAAACUUCGAGGGAAAUUGGAGCACCAAUUGAUGGCAGACAUACCUUCCGACCGACUUCAACCUGGCCCACCAUUCACCAACGUCGGUGUGGACACUUUCGGUCCAUGGCAGAUUGUUAGCAGGCGUACUCGUGGUGGUUCAGCCCAAGCAAAACGCUGGGCAAUUAUGUUCACAUGCCUCACCACCAGGGCUAUCCACAUAGAGGUGGUAGAAGAAUUGAGUUCGUCGUCUUUUAUUAAUGCCUUCAGAAGGUUUACCGCUGUGAGGGGCCAUGUAAAACAGAUCCGAUCAGAUCGUGGCACUAAUUUCAUUGGCGCGGUGGAUGAUCUGCAGAUUAACGCCUUUAAGGUUGAGGAAGAAGCAGUGAAGACAUUCCUAUACGACCGCGGAACUACCUGGCUUUUCAACCCACCGCACGCAUCACAUAUGGGCGGGGCUUGGGAAAGGAUGAUAGGUGUCUCACGUCGCGUUCUUGAGUCAAUGCUGACAACAGUGAUGGACACUAAUUUGACUCACGAAGUACUCGUUACCUUCCUAGCUGAGGUUUGCGCGAUCGUUAACGCCAGGCCACUAGUACCCGUGUCUUCAGAUCCGGAGGAUCCAUUUCCAAUCAGUCCGGCUACACUUCUGACACAGAAACCAGACUCCAUCAUCGAACCAUUUGUGCCUCUUGAUAAUUCUAGUUUGCACAAGGCGCAGUGGAAAAGAGUGAAGGUUCUAGCCGACACAUUUUGGAAGCGCUGGAGAGCCCAAUACCUCCAUACUCUACAACCUCGACGGAAAUGGAAUGACAAGCGCAAGAAUAUCGCGAUAGGGGAUAUUGUGCUACUUAGGGACAAGGAGGUAUCAAGGAACAACUGGCCAUUGGGUUAUGUCGCAAGGGUCUUCCCAAGCAAUGACGGUUUAGUUCGAACGGCAGAGGUCAAGAUUACUUCCGGACAAGGAAAGCCUGUGUUAUAUGUACGCCCGAUCAACGAACUGAUCUUACUUCUUGGAGACAACAAAGGCUGAAUGUGUCAUAGAAAGUGUAUUAUGUGGUACUCGGUAGUGUUGUCUAGUGACAUCAGGCGAGGAGUGUGCCGCCGCGGCUUCCGUAGUAGUCUCGCGAUUAUCUCCCUUUGAAGAACUCUCAAUAUUGACAAUGUUGUUUACUACGGUUGAUGCAUACUUCGUGUAAAGAAAAAGAUGUUGUAUGUAACUUGCAGCCACCACGGUACUUUUACCAUUUUUCAACACCUUUCAACACCAAAACACUACAACUAUAUGUAAAACAAACUAGUUGGAAAUAAAGGAUGUUGUACGAGGUAAACUGGCUGUACAUUGUUUA